UUUAUAAAGUUGGAAUGUUGAGUUUAUGCAGAAGCAGAAGGUGAAACAAUCAUUACUCUACAGAAAUCAUCAUCGUCUUUUUGACUUUUAGCAACUGGGUUUGUCUUUUUUGAUUCAGAUGUUCUCGGAUUUAUGAUCAGACAGUUGCAAUUUCUUCGAAAAUAAGUGUUGAUGAUGAGAAUUGAAGAAUUAGAAAGAGCGAUAAGAUGAUUUGUUACGGACUUAUGGUUAUUAAGAGGGAAUUGUUUCAAAUUUCGAAAAUUGAUCAACGAAAAGGACUGAACUUCAAACUUUUUGUAUAAAAAGAGGUGCGGGAAUGAAGAAAUUAGAGGAUUUAGAAGAGAUAUCUGAUUUGGGUUUUGAUUCAUCACCAAUUUCUUCAGUGGAUCAUGAUCAAUCACCCACAGUGGAUUCAUCUUGCAGUGUUAAUUCUUUUGCUUACUAUAGAACUAACUCAGAGACUUCAGCUUUUUCUGAGCUAUUAACAGAUGAUUCUAAUAGCUGUUCGUCGGAGAUACAAUCUCCGGUAUGCUGGCCAGCCACUGGAAGAUCACCUUUCCGGCCAGCCCUUUCGAGAUUUGGACGAAUCAGGCAUAACCACAAGCUACAGAAGGACGAUAAGCUCGAUGAUCAGAAACCUACCGAUUUAGAGCUUGAAAUGACGAGAGAAAGAUUUUCGAAGCUUUUGCUGGGGGAGGAUAUGUCUGGCAACGGUAAAGGAGUUUCAACCGCAGUUACCAUCUCUAAUGCUAUAACAAACCUUUAUGUUUCUAUGUUUGGGCAGCACCAAAGGUUAGAACCAUUGGAUCCCGAUAAGAAGACCAUGUGGAAAAGGGAAAUGACUUGCUUAUUAUCCGUAUGUGAUUACAUUGUCGAAUUCAUCCCGGCUUCACGAAGAUUAAAGAAUGGAGCAUCCGUGGAGAUGAUGAUUAGCCAGCCGAGGUCUGACAUAGAGAUCAACCUUCCCGCGCUAAUUAAGCUCGAUGCAUUGCUCCUAGAAACAUUGGAGAGUUUCCAAGAAACGGAAUUUUGGUAUGAGGAACAAGGAAGCAUGUUGGGAAACUCACGUACCGGAUCAUUCCGGAAAGUUCCUCAGCCUCAGAGAAAAGAAGAGAAAUGGUGGCUGCCACGGCCUUGUGUUUCCACUGGCGGCCUUUCGGACACCGCCAAGAAGCAUUUGAGACAAAAGCGUGACUCGGCAAAUCAAAUACACAAAGCCGCAAUGGCUAUCAACAGUAGCAUUCUUUCCGAUAUGGAAAUCCCGCGUACGUAUACCGCUUCCCUUCCUAAGAGUGGAAGAACAAGUGUAGGAGAUAAAAUAUACAAAUACAUGACUUCCACAAACACAUUCUCCCCUGAAUACCUUCUUGAUUGUCUCAACAUAAGUUCGGAAUACGAAGCGCUCGAAUUAGCCGAUGGUAUAGAGGCCUCGAUGUUCACAUGGCGGCAAAAAGCGUGCUUGAACUAUCCGAAAUCAUCAUGGGAGAUGAUUAAAGAACACUCGGAGGACGACAAGAACGUGGUGCUAGCCGAAAGAGCCGAUAUUUUGUUGUUCAGCUUAAAACGACAGUUCCCCGGACUAGCGCAAACGACACUGGACACGAGCAAGAUCCAGUACAAUAAAGAUGUGGGACAAGCCAUAUUGGAAAGCUACUCAAGGGUUUUGGAAGGUUUGGCCUUCAAUAUUGUUAGUUGGAUUGAAGAUGUUUUGUUUGUAGAUAAAUCCAUAAGAAACCAAGAACUUGGAACUUCUUCUUUGAUUAACUGAUACGGUCGUUGAGUCUGUUCCUCGUUACUCAUCAGUUCGUGUCUUCUUAGGAUCAUCAGAGGUUUGUUCGGUUGUUAAUUUCGGAGCUCCAUAUGAUUAUCGAGGUAUAGUUUGCUCCCCAUUGGUCAUCGUUCUAGUCUUUUUAGGGCCACUCGAGAUUUGUCUGGCUAUUAACUUCAGAGCUUCAUGGGAUUUCGAGAUGUAGUUUGCUCCUCAU